AGUCCCCACCUGUUUAAUUCGAAUCCCAUUAUUGAGUCUAUAAGAUGGAAUUGGUGCGUUGUUAAGCAAUCAAAUCGACCACCAUGUUGAAACCGUUCCUGUUUUUUGACUCGAUUUCUACAUCCGGUCUCAGGAAAGGAAUAAUUGCAUAGCAUAUGAUGCCGAUGUUUAUAAAUGGAAAAUGAAUGUGUAGGUCAAUGUUUGCGAGCGUAUAAAUUCUUUGCUGGGGAUUGAAAUCUUUUGAAAUGGUAAAACCGAAAGCCAUCGACUGUCCAACCAUAUGUUAUCGCCCAAUAGAACCCUCAGACCGGGAAGUUUUGGAGCAAAUCCACGGCAACUUGUUCCCUAUCAGGUAUGAGUCAGAGUUUUUUCAGAAUGUUGUCAAUGGACGCGACAUUGUGUCGUGGGCGGCGGUUGCUCAUAGUAGACCAGAUGGCAGAAGUGAUGAGCUUAUUGGGUUUGUGACUGCUCGAACUGUUAUGGCAAAAGACAGUGAGAUAUCUGAUUUGCUUCGGCAUGAUUCAUUAACCACGGAUCAAACUCUAGUAUACAUUCUUACACUGGGAGUAGUGGAAACCUACAGAAACCUUGGGAUAGCUAGUUCACUUGUUCAAAAGGUAAUUAAAUAUGCCUCAAGCAUCCCAACUUGCCGAGCAGCUUAUUUGCACGUAAUUUCAUACAAUAGUCCUGCAAUCAAAUUCUACAAGAAAAUGUCAUUCAAGUGCCUACAAAGACUGCCUGGCUUUUACUUUAUCAAUGGCCAGCAUUAUGAUUCAUACUUGUUCAUUUACUAUGUAAAUGGCGGUCGAUCUCCAUGCUCCCUAUUAGAGGUUGUGACUUUCAUGGUGAGUUAUUUAAGGGAUGGUAUCAAGUCUGUGGCCUCGAGGCUGAGGAAGAAUGAAAAAAGGAAGAUAUCAAAAUGGCCGAAAUGUAAAGAAUCACAUAGCCUUAUAUCCAUGGCGCAGAGCAAGAGAAAUGUGGCGGUUGAGAGCAGUGGAUAUGAAUGUGUUUGAUUGGAUGAUUCUGAUGUUAAAAAAACUGAGAAGGAAACCGCUCGAAAAAAGAUUGACCACACUGUAUACUUACUCUUCCUUCUACUCUAGUCUUUAUAAUUUAUUGUAGUUUAAACCGUAUAUAAUAUGAUGUGAUAUUCUGUCCUUAAUGUAAUAAGCUAUGGUGGUGUUUAAUGAAAGUGAGGCCUUUGUAUUGUUAAUAGUUAAUUCCUUCAAGUCUUCUGCUGGGUUGUUGACCCCUUUGUUAUUGUUUAA